AUGACGACUAACUAUUUGAUGUCAAACACUAAACCAAUUAAUGGAAAUGUGUUUCAUUCAUUCGAAAAGAUAAAUGAAAUAUUCGCAAAGAAUGACGGUAGAAGAUAUUAUAGAGAACUUGAAAGUUCAUGCUAUGACUCUGAUACUCCAUAUUUUGAUGAUAAACAAACUCAUUUAAGAAUUACGAACCCAGCUCAUGAUGUGAACCAAUUAGGUGACACAUAUAUUAAACGCAAAGUUAAAGUAACUCUAGUUUCAAAUAAAGCUUUCACAUGUGAUGCCGCUUUUAAAUGCAUGCGUUUAUUCGUUGGUUACAAAUCAUCAAAUCAAAGCUUUAAACAAUUAGAAGUAGAAACUGAAAGAGGUGACGCUGGUUAUCUUCAGAUGGAUUGCGCCCGUGAAUCUUUCGCAUUUGCAACAUAUAAACCAAAAUCAGAAAGGAAAGUUAAAAAGUUUGUUCAUUCGUUAUAUAAUAAUGUUCAAAAAUAUGAUAACUCAGUAUGUGGUAAAUAUAUUGACCCUUCAGAAGUUUUCAAGAAAGCAAAUGAAGAAGUUGAUGUCACUUUUGAUAUGAUUAUUCCGGUAAAUGAUUUGUUAGCAUUUCAGGCGUUCGAUGAUUAUCCAAAAUCAUUUGGCGAUAUCAUUCUUAAAUAUUAUGUUUUCAGGGAUACUUUGGUAUUUUGUCAGGUUGACCCGUUAAGAGUUGCUGAUUUACAAAAUUACGUUUAUGAAAAGAUAACUGAUGAAAAUUAUGAAAAGAUUAUGAAUCAUGUUUAUAAAUAUGAUCGCAAAUUCCAACAAAUCGGACUUCCUACCAAAUUAAUUACAGGCUUAGCCGCUACAUCUGCUGACGCAACAGUUGA